AUGGCGGACACGAAUGGGGAGCCAGAGAAGGCUCAGGCUCAGGCUCAUCCGCCGGCACUGCACGUCAUUGUCCUGGGCGCCGGCGGCGGUCCCCAGGAAAACAACACCACCGCCCUUCUUGUCCGAUCAGUCGCGUCGGGAUGGACAAGACGCUCCAUCAUCUCCGUCGAUGCUGGCGUUCACCUCUCCGCCAUAACGAACAUACUGGAGAAGACGGUACCGGCGGGUCUCAGCGCGGAGACCCUCCCCCACACUCUCACCGACGGCCCGUUCAAAGGACUCGAGCUCACCGCAGAAACGACGUCUUUCUACCCAUCAACUAUCGCCGCGUACAUCACCCGAUCUCUAAUCGAAACCUAUGUCAUAACUCACCCCCACCUGGACCACAUUGCCGGGUUCGUCGUCAACACAGCCGGACUCACCCGCCAGAAACGUCUGGCGGCUCUCCCUACCACCAUCAACGCCUUCAAGAAUCACAUAUUCAACAACAUCAUCUGGCCUAAUCUGUCCGACGAGAACAACGGCGCAGGCCUCGUGACGUAUAUCCGCCUCGUCGAAGGAGGCUCCCCGGCCAUCGGCGACGGCGAGGCCAAAGGCUACCUCGAAGUGGGCGAUAACCUCCUCGCCAAAGUGUGGUCCGUCUCCCACGGGCACUGCAUCGAGCACCACCCUCACCGCGGCUCGACAUCCUCCGCGGCGACGCCCCACCGCUACGGCUCCGUCGACGGCGCCUCCAUGGCGUCCCCGCGCAUCCUCGCCCACGGAUUCCCUCCCAGCACGGGACCGAUGAUCCCCCGCGCCGCCUCCGUCGCCCCAGAACCCAUGCCCUCCGAGUGCGUCUACGACUCCUCGGCCUACUUCAUCCAGGAUUACGUCACGAAACAAGAGAUUCUCAUCUUUGGCGACGUCGAACCAGACUCGAUCUCGCUGUCCCCCCGCAACGAACGAAUAUGGAAAGAAGCCGCCUCCAAAAUCGCAGCGGGCCAGCUCGCAGCCAUCUUCAUCGAAUGCUCCUACGACGAAUCCCAGUCCGUCGACCGCCUCUUUGGCCACAUGAAACCCUCCUACCUCAUCGAAGAGCUCCGCGCGUUGGCCUACGAAGUCCGCCAGGUCGAUCACCUCUCUCGCAAGCGCAAGCGCGACCCGGAAACCGUCCACCGGCGCAGAACGGGCGGGCCCCUCUCCCGGGUCGCCCACGGCGACGAGUCUCCCAUCAGCCCCAAGUCCGUCGCCAAGAGGGCACUCUCGACAGACAUACCCAACGUCCCGCCGCUGCCGCCGCUCCCGCCCUCGGCGACGUCCGUCGAGAGCUCGCACCUCACCACCCCGACGGAGACCGAGCUCGGGAUGAGCGAGUCCGAGGACGGGCUGCAGGGUCCGUCCCUCAAGGGCUUCCUCAAAGGCGUCAAGAUCGUCGUGAUACACGUCAAAGAACGCCUGGACGGGACGAACGUCGGCGCCGUGAUCGAACGGGAGCUGCUGAAGUUCGAGGAGAAGGAGCAACUCGGCUGCGAGUUCAUCAUCUCGAAGCCGGGGGAGAGCAUCUACUUGUAA